CACCGGAGGCUGAUUCAGUGCGAGACCAGAUCUCGUCGUCGAAGGCUGUAUUUUGGCAGCAGCUGUAGCAGCAGUAGGCUCUCCAGCAAGGACCAACAGAUUGGGAUCUGGUAGAGUGGACAUUUGGGACCCAGUGGUGCUGUGACUUCAGACUUUUUUUUUGUUGGCUUGCUGUGGGAGUGUGGGUGGAAGUGUGUGCGUUUGGUGACUUGUGGUGCUAGUGGGGGUUGAGGGAAGAGUUCCGUUCGAGGGAACGCAACAGUACAGUGUACAAGGAUUCUGAAGUGUCGUCUUUGAGUGGCCAAGCGAUUCUCCUUGGUCGGUUCUUGGUGGUGAAAUUAGUGCUGACAUAGAAGUGGAAGUCAAUGGUUGUGUCUUGAUUCUUCGGAGCUCCGAGAAGUGGCGAAGAAUAAAAGAAAAAUCCCACAAACGAAACCAAAAGGAGAAAAAAAAAACUUCCCGCAAACAAAAAACCUAAUCGCUGAAAAACCGCUUGAAAAUGAAGUGACAUCGUCCCGGAGUCGUUCCGGUAGAUUGAGAUCUUGCCGCGGCCACCCACCACCGCCAUCGUCCGCCCCUGAGUCGCCCACCACGAGAACAAAGUCGUUCAACAGGGCUCUCAGUGAGUUGCAAUGCAAACAACGGACCCGGGGGGAAACGGCCAAGGACCCACCGCUGCGGCUAAUAACAACUACAACAGUAAAACCGCGCCGCCGAAACCGCCGCCACCACGGCUGACGACGCCUCCGCCGCGACCACCGCCGCGAUCAUGGACAGAUGUGAAGGGCAGCAUCCUGCGAUGGCGUGGUUCGAGGCGCCUGGUGCUCGUCAUCGUUGCCAUUGCACUGCUGCUCGACAAUAUGCUGCUGACCGUCGUUGUGCCAAUCAUACCGGAAUUCCUGUACGACAUCAGACACCCGGAUGCCCCACUAGCUAGUUUUCCCAAGGAGCCACCGACGACGACGACGCUUCCACCGUGUAAGAGAGAAACCACCACACCCUACAAUGGGAUUGACAUCACCACUCCAGGCUAUGACAAUGCCAGCUGGUAUGCCGAACGGGAGGAACGCCACAAGGAACUGGUGGAGGAAACGGUUGAAGUUGGCCUUAUGUUUGCAUCGAAAGCUUUCGUCCAGCUGCUUGCCAAUCCAAUAGUCGGUCCAUUAACGCAUAAGAUAGGUUAUAGUAUUCCCAUGUUCACUGGGUUCGUUAUUAUGUUCAUUUCAACAUUAAUUUUCGCAUUCGGUAGAACGUAUCCCGUUCUAUUCAUAGCUAGAGCAUUGCAGGGUAUAGGGUCGUCCUGUUCGUCCGUGUCCGGCAUGGGAAUGCUGGCCGAUCGGUACACCGACGACAAAGAACGUGGCAACGCCAUGGGCAUAGCGUUAGGUGGUUUAGCUUUAGGCGUACUGAUUGGACCUCCCUUCGGGGGCAUAAUGUACGAGUUCGUUGGAAAGUCGGCUCCCUUCCUGGUGCUGUCAGCGCUGGCUCUUGGCGAUGGACUGCUGCAGCUGGUGAUGAUGCAACCCUCGGUCGUGAUCGAAGAAUCCGAUCCUCCCUCGCUGAAGCAGCUGGUCAUGGAUCCGUACAUCAUUGUGGCGGCCGGAGCGAUUACUUUUGCUAAUAUGGGCAUUGCCAUGCUGGAACCUUCGUUACCCAUCUGGAUGAUGGAUAACAUGGGCGCCAGUCGGUGGGAACAAGGCGUAACCUUCCUUCCGGCUUCCAUCAGCUAUCUUAUAGGAACGAAUCUUUUUGGACCGCUGGGCCACCGCAUUGGUCGGUGGUUGGCUGCACUUCUAGGUCUGGUUAUCAUUGGUCUUUGCCUGCUGUGUAUACCUAUGGCCACCUCGAUCCAGCACUUGAUUAUCCCUAAUGCUGGUCUCGGAUUCGCAAUCGGAAUGGUAGACUCGUGCAUGAUGCCUGAACUGGGCUACCUGGUGGAUAUUCGGCAUUCCGCCGUCUACGGCAGCGUUUACGCCAUCGGAGAUGUUGCCUUCUGUCUGGGUUUCGCCAUUGGACCCGCUCUAAGUGGUACCUUGGUAAACACCAUCGGUUUCGAGUGGAUGUUGGUGGGAAUUGCUAUUCUGUGCUUCCUGUACGCGCCAUUACUGACACUGCUCCGGGCGCCACCGACCAAGGAGGAAAAGAAGGUAAGCGGCAUCGAGAACGGUGGCCUCACGCUGGACAAUGGCAAACAGGCACUGCAGGCCGUACUGGGCGGAGGCGGCGGCGGCGGCGAGGGGAACAAUGGGGCCCUAGCCGUACCAUCGUGCGAACCGAAAAGCACUCAGGAUUUGACGCAUACGCGACCAGCGACGCCAAUUGGCAACCUUGCUCAGGAAAACUACACGACAAAGCUUUAACGUUAAUUUUAAUUUUCCUAAUUUGGUUUACAAUGAUUGGUAUCGAAUUUAUGUUUAAGAAUAUUGUUUACAAGGGCAAUCAAAUUGACAACUUAAAUCUACCUGGUUAUUGAUAAGAAUGAAUCUUGUGCCUUGCUGAACAGUGCCUUCUCAUAGAUUUUAAUUAGAUAUAGUUAUACCUAUACAAUUUUAUGUUCUGACUAUAAGAAAUAAAAUAUAUGAUUUGAUUAUUU